UCCAGAUUAAACCCCGAGCUGCGGAUUAGGCCCUGCCUAUGAGGACUCGGCAAAUCGCGCCGGGGCUCCGGGGGUGCCGCGGGAGGAGCCGAUGCCUCGCUGGCCGUGCGGGGCCUGCCCGGGGCCGCUGCUGGAGGCGGUGGCGAGCAAACACGAGCAGCUCCUCGCCCCUCUUACCUUGCUGCAGACCUCGAGGGAAGACUUUAACUAGUGACACGCAGAUGUGCGAGUCCCUAAAUUGUAUGAGAGGACAGUCCACCCCGCUUUCAGACUGCUAUAGGCGACCCCCGUGGGAUUCUGCUCUCUCAGCCCACCAUGCAGAACACUUAUUUAUUGCUAAGAAGCCUGGGCUCUUGGAGUCAAUUUAUCAGGAGGCUCCAAAGAGAGGAGAGCGGAGAGCGCGUAGAGCAGAGCUUCUCCAGGGAGACCCAAAGCCUGGAGCUUCAGGUCACAGCGGCGUGAACCAGCUCGGCGGGGUGUUCGUCAACGGGAGGCCGCUGCCCGACUCCACGCGGCAGAAGAUCGUGGAACUCGCUCACAGCGGCGCCCGGCCCUGCGACAUCUCCCGGAUCCUGCAGACCCAUGCAGAUGCAAAAGUCCAAGUGCUGGACAAUCAAAACGUGUCGAAUGGAUGUGUGAGUAAAAUUUUGGGCAGGUAUUACGAAACUGGCUCCAUCAGACCCAGGGCAAUCGGAGGUAGUAAACCGAGAGUAGCGACUCCAGAAGUUGUAAGCAAAAUAGCGCAGUAUAAACGAGAGUGCCCCUCCAUCUUUGCGUGGGAGAUUCGAGACAGAUUACUAUCAGAGGGGGUCUGUACCAACGAUAAUAUACCCAGUGUGUCGUCGAUAAACAGAGUCCUACGCAACCUGGCUAGCGAAAAGCAACAGAUGGGUGCCGACGGGAUGUACGACAAGCUAAGGAUGCUGAACGGGCAGACGGGGACCUGGGGCACCCGGCCCGGCUGGUAUCCCGGCACCUCGGUACCCGGGCAGCCCGCUCAAGAUGGCUGUCCGCAACAGGAGGGAGGAGGGGAAAACACUAACUCCAUCAGCUCUAAUGGAGAAGACUCAGACGAGGCCCAAAUGAGACUCCAGCUGAAAAGGAAGCUGCAGAGAAAUAGGACAUCCUUUACCCAAGAGCAAAUCGAAGCCCUUGAGAAAGAAUUUGAGAGGACCCACUAUCCUGAUGUGUUUGCAAGAGAGAGACUAGCUGCUAAAAUAGACCUGCCUGAAGCAAGGAUACAGGUGUGGUUUUCCAACAGAAGGGCCAAGUGGAGAAGGGAAGAGAAGCUGAGGAACCAGCGAAGACAAGCCAGCAACACUCCCAGCCACAUUCCCAUCAGUAGUAGUUUCAGCACAAGUGUUUACCAGCCGAUCCCACAACCAACCACCCCCGUUUCCUCUUUCACAUCAGGUUCCAUGUUGGGCAGGACGGACACGGCGCUCACGAACACGUACAGCGCGCUGCCGCCCAUGCCCAGCUUCACCAUGGCCAACAACCUGCCUAUGCAACCCCCGGUGCCCAGCCAGACCUCCUCCUACUCCUGCAUGCUGCCCACCAGUCCAUCGGUGAAUGGACGGAGCUAUGAUACAUACACCCCUCCUCACAUGCAGACACACAUGAACAGCCAGCCCAUGGGCACCUCUGGCACCACUUCCACAGGUCUCAUUUCCCCUGGAGUGUCAGUUCCAGUUCAAGUUCCUGGCAGUGAACCUGAUAUGUCUCAAUACUGGCCAAGAUUACAGUAAAACAUGUGUUAAUUCCGUAAAUGACUAUAUGGACAACAGUUGGAUGUUCAGCAGUAUUUUAUAAAGGAAGAAUGGCUCUCAGAGUACUUCUGUACUGCAACUGUGCCCUAUGCUGUAACACAUGGAAAAGACUUUCACAUGGACCUUUGUACACUGAAGGCAUUAUAUCAGUUGGAACAAAUCUUCAUUUUGGUAUCCAAACUUUUAUUCAUUUUGGUGUAUUAUUUGUAAAUGGGCAUUUGUAUGUUAUAAUGAAAAAACAAAAAAAGAACAAUGUAGACUGGAUGGAUGUUUGAUCUGUGUUGGUCAUGAAGUUGUUUAAAAAAAAAAAAAGAAAAGGAAAAAAAAAAAAAGAAGCCAUGAUCAACAAGCUUUGCCACGAAUUUAAGAGUUUUAUCAAGAUAUAUCGAAUACUUCUACCAAUCUGUUCAUAGAUUAUGGAUUGACGUUCCAAGUUUGUAUCAUUCCAUUGCAUAUAACUGAACCUGGAACAACACGCACUAGAUUUAUGUAAGAAAAAAUAUCUGUUGGUAUUUCCAAAGGUUGUUAACGGCUGAAGCUAUGUGCAAACAGGGGUUAAGAGAGAGCUGCCAUGAAGAAAAGAGUUUGAUAGAUAAAAGGUAGAUUGUGUCUUCGAUAUAAUCCGAUUUGUUUUAUGUCGAAAUGUAAGUAUUUGUCUUCCCUAGAAAUCUCCCAGAAUGAUUUCUAUAAUAAAGUUAAUUUCAUUUAUAUUUGACAAGAAUAUUCUAUAGAUGUUUUAUACACAUUUCCAUGCAUCAUACGUUUCUUUUUUGGUCGGCAAGAGUUAAUUGUUCUUAGAUAUAGUUGUACUACUGUUCACAGUCCAAUCAUCUUUGUGCAUCUAGAAUUCAUUCCUAAUCAAUUAAAAGUGCUUGCAAGAGUUUUAAACUUAAGUGUUUUGAAGUUGUUCACAACUACAUAUCAAGAUUAACCAUUGUUGAU